ACACACUGACAUUGUCGACGAACUAUCAAAUUAAAAUAAUCAUUGCACUACUGUCUGAUAAUACUAUCUAAUUACGACUAAUAAAUAAAGGCACAGUUUAUUUUAUCAUCGAUUUGUCCUCUGUCUCCGGUGGUAUAAAUAUGAAACUCAUUGUGUCCUUUACUUUGCUCUUCGCAGCCGCAAAAUGUUCGCGAAUUCUGAUUGUGUUUCCUAUGGUAGGACGGAGUCAUUACAUUCUUGGAAAUGCCUUUGGCAAAGGGUUAGCUGACGCAGGACACGAUGUGACUAUGCUUAGUCCCUUUGAAGACAAGAAACCACCGAAGAAUGGGAAGUACACAGAAGUAGUUUUGACUGGUCUAUCUGAGGAAGAAAAUAAACCCAAGACAUUGGCCAACCUUCUAGAUUUAGAAAAUAUGAAUCCAUUUUGGUACAUCCCUCUUGUGAACAUUUUAGGAACCGAAAUUACACGUAAUACAUUCGCCCACCCUAAUUUUCAAAAACUCUUGAAGUCUAACCAAACCUUCGAUGCCGUCAUUAUAGAGCAAUUCAAUAACGACGCUUUAAAAGUGUUGGCUCACCACUACAAAGCUCCUCUGAUCACGUUUAGUACCGUUGGUGCUAGUGUAUGGGUUAAUCCUUUAGUUGGAAAUCCAUCUCCGCCAUCUUAUAUACCAGAAAUUUUCUUUGACUUCACGCACAACAUGACCUUUUGGCAAAAACUCACCAACUGGUUAUUCAGGAUAUCGUACGAGUUGAAUCGUCAUUUAAUUUUCUUUCCUGCACAGAAUAAAUUAAUGCACGAAUAUUUCCCAGAUGCACCAGAUUUGAGCGACAUUAUCUACAAUUCCUCUGUAUUGUUUCUAAAUUCCCAUGAAAGUAUAAACCAACCCAUACCCCACGUACCAUGUAUGAUCGACAUCGGAGGCUUCCACGUUAAUGCUCCAAAGGAAUUACCAAAGGAUCUGAAAGAUUUCCUAGAUGGUGCCGAGGAAGGAGUAGUUUACUUUAGCAUGGGAUCAAAUAUUAAACCGUCACAGAUAUCUGAUAAUCAAAAGAAAGCCCUUCAUCAAGCUUUUGGUAAAAUCAAACAGAAGGUCUUGUGGAAAUGGGACGAAGACAGCAUUGAAGGGAAGCCCGACAAUGUUAAACUAGGAAAAUGGUUUCCCCAAGCAGAUAUACUAGCCCAUCCUAAUACCAAACUCUUUAUAACCCAUGGAGGUUUACUAAGUACCACUGAAACAAUUUACCAUGGUGUACCAGUUCUGGCUCUACCAGUUUUUGCUGACCAAAAAAUGAACGCUGCUCGUGCUACGUUGGAUGGUUAUGGUCUUACCAUAAAAUUAUCAGAAUUAGAUGAGGAAAAGCUUAGUUCUGCUUUGGACAAUCUCCUUAACGAUCCGAGAUAUCGAGAUAAUGCCAAAAUGCGUUCGAAUCUGAUGCAUGAUCGACCAGUCAAACCCAUGGAUCUUGCAGUGUAUUGGACAGAGUUCGUGAUAAAACAUAAAGGUGCACCUCAUUUAAGAGUGGCUGGUGUGGAUUUACCUUGGUACAAGUAUUUGUUAUUAGACGUUAUAUCAUUUACUUUAUUAUGUAUUAUUAGUUUAUUAGUUAUAAUUUAUAUGGUUAUUAAAAGGAUAUUAGGCGCAAUUUUAAAAACUAGAGGAAAAGUCAAGAAAAAUUGAUUAUUCAUAUUUUUUUUUCUUUUUGUUCAAAUAAAAUAGUUUUAUUUUUUUUAUUUA